GAAGCAAGCACAGAGAUAGAUAGAGAAGAAGCAAAACCCAAUGAUGCAAAACCGUGAAGAAAGGUUGGAAAAUUGAUGCAAAUGUCGAUGCCCCGCUCGAGGCAAUCUUUCUUCUUCUUUUCUUCUUCUUCUUCUUCAUUCUCUAUCUCCUUUCUUUUCUUCUUCUUCUUCACUGCUACAACUUUUGCAAGUGCAAACCUUGAAUCUUCCAUUCUCUUUUCAUGGCUACACUCUUCUCCUACUCCACAUUCCUCUUUUUCUAACUGGAAUAAUCUUGACCCCAACCCAUGCAACUGGACCCACAUAACAUGCUCCCCACAAGGCUAUGUCACUGAAAUCAAUAUGCAGUUUGUCUCUCUUGAGCUUCCUUUACCAGUCAAUCUCUCAGCUUUCCAAUCUCUCAAAAGACUUGUCAUCGAUGCAAAUCUCACAGGCAUCAUCCCAGUUGACAUCGGUUACUGCACACAACUUACUACGAUUGCCCUCGGCUCCAACAGUCUGGUUGGCUCCAUCCCAGAAAGUAUCAGCAGGCUCAAGUAUCUGGAGGAGUUGAUUUUGAGCUCUAAUCAGCUAACCGGGAAAAUCCCAGUUGAGCUAGUAAUUGCCAAGUCUCAGAAAAUAGAGAUUUUUGAUAACCUUCUAAGUGGGGCUAUCCCUGCUGAACUGGGAAAGUUGUUUCUUCUUGAAAUUCUUCGAGCUGGAGGGAACAAAGACAUUGUUGGAAAAAUCCCUGAUGAGCUUCGAGACUGCAGCAACUUGACUGUGUUGGGGCUAGCUGAUACAAGAGUUUCAGGGCCUUUACCAGCCUCACUUGGGAAUCUAACCAAGCUUCGAACCUUGUCUAUAUAUACCACCAUGAUCUCUGGUGAGAUUCCUCCCGAAAUAGGUAACUGCUCUGAGCUUCAAAACUUGUAUCUUUAUGAAAACAGUCUAUCAGGAUCGAUACCACCAGAGUUUGGUAAACUUGAAAAGCUUGAGUCACUCUUCUUGUGGCAAAAUAGUCUUGUUGGGAGUAUUCCGGAAGAGAUUGGCAAUUGUAGUAAAUUGAUAAACAUUGAUCUUUCUUUGAAUUCUUUAUCUGGAGCCAUACCUUUAUCUUUGGGGGCUCUUUCGGAGCUUCAGGAGUUUAUGAUUAGCAACAACAAUAUCUCUGGUUCAAUACCUUCAAAUCUGUCCAAUGCUACUAGUCUCCUGCAGUUGCAGCUUGAUACAAACCAGAUUUCUGGUUUGAUUCCACCAGAGCUGGGAAUGCUGUCAAAGCUUACUGUUUUCUUUGCCUGGCAAAAUCAGCUUGAAGGAAGCGUCCCUUCAUCUUUGUCUAGUUGCACUGAUCUUCAAGCGCUGGAUUUGUCACACAAUUCUCUCACAGGUAGCAUUCCUCCUGGCCUUUUUCAACUCCAGAGCCUGGCAAAGCUUUUACUUAUUUCCAACAGCAUUUCUGGUUUUAUACCCCCGGAGAUAGGCAAUUGCAGCUCCCUUGUCCGCUUAAGGCUUGGUAACAACAGGAUCACUGGUAGUAUUCCUAGAGAAAUUGGGAGCCUCAAGAGAUUAAAUUUUCUGGAUUUGUCUAGCAACAGGCUUUCUGGAGCUGUUCCAUAUGAGAUUGGGGGUUGCACAGAGUUGCAAAUGAUAGACCUCAGCAACAACAUUCUACAGGGUUACCUUCCGGAGUCAUUGUCAUCUCUAUCUAACCUUCAGGUGUUAGAUGCAUCAUUCAAUCAAUUUGAUGGCCGAAUACCAGCAAGCUUGGGCCGUCUCGUGUCAUUGAACAAGCUGAUUUUAUGCAAGAAUUCCUUGUCUGGAUCAAUACCUUCCGCUCUUGGCCUCUGUUCAAGCCUGCAGUUGCUUGACCUUAGUAGCAAUGAGCUCACUGGUGGCAUCCCAAUGGAACUUGGCCGCAUAGAAGCCCUUGACAUUUCUCUUAACUUGAGCUGCAAUGGACUCACAGGACCAAUCCCUCUUCAAAUAUCAGCACUUAGCAAGCUUUCCAUACUGGACCUUUCCCACAACAAGCUUGAAGGAGACUUGGGUCCACUUGCAGGGCUUGAUAAUCUUGUUUCAUUAAACAUCUCCUACAAUAACUUUGCAGGUUAUCUGCCUGACAACAAGCUUUUUAGGCAGUUAGCACCAGCAAACCUUGCUGGAAAUCAAGGGUUAUGUCCUACAAGCCGGGACUCUUGCUUUUUGGGCAGUAAUGGCAAGACAGGAUCAUCAAGAGCUGAAAAUGAGAUUAUGCGAUCACGGAGACUCAAACUAGCAGUUGCAUUGUUGAUCACCCUAACAGUUGCAAUGGUUAUUAUGGGGACAAUUGCAAUUAUACGGGCUCGGAAAACCAUUGGAGAUGAUGAUUCAGAGUUGGGUGAGUCAUGGCCAUGGCAAUUCACUCCCUUCCAGAAGUUAAAUUUCUCGGUAGAGCAAAUUCUGAAAUGCCUAGUAGACUCCAAUGUGAUAGGAAAAGGGUGUUCUGGGGUUGUUUAUCGUGCUGAUAUGGACAAUGGCGAAGUCAUUGCAGUAAAGAAACUCUGGGCAGCAACAAUAGCACCAUCCAAUGGAUGCAACGAUGACAAAAGCGGGGUUCGUGAUUCCUUCUCAGCCGAGGUGAAAACGCUUGGUUCAAUCCGUCAUAAGAACAUAGUUAGAUUUUUGGGUUGUUGCUGGAACCGAAGUACAAGAUUGCUAAUGUAUGAUUAUAUGCCAAAUGGAAGCUUGGGGAGUCUCCUACACGAGAGAACUGGGAAUGCUUUGGAAUGGGAACUUAGGUACCAAAUAUUGUUGGGGUCAGCACAAGGUCUUGCUUACUUGCAUCAUGAUUGUGUCCCUCCAAUUGUUCAUAGGGACAUCAAGGCUAAUAAUAUCCUAAUCGGCCUCGAGUUUGAACCUUACAUAGCUGAUUUCGGCCUUGCCAAGCUUGUAGAUGAUGGUGAUUUUGCUCGCUCCUCCAACACUGUUGCAGGUUCUUAUGGAUAUAUUGCUCCUGAAUAUGGUUACAUGAUGAAGAUUACAGAGAAGAGUGAUGUUUAUAGCUUUGGAGUAGUCCUGCUGGAAGUAUUGACAGGGAAGCAACCGAUUGAUCCGACCAUACCAGAUGGGCUACACAUAGUAGAUUGGGUUAGACAAAACAGAGGAGGGAUAGAAGUACUUGAUCCGAGCCUUCUAUAUCGGCCACAGUCCGAAAUCGAGGAAAUGAUGCAAGCUCUAGGUGUAGCCUUGUUGUGUGUAAAUUCAUGCCCCGAUGAAAGACCAAACAUGAAAGAUGUGGCAGCAAUGCUCAAGGAGAUUAAACAUGAAAGGGAGGAGUAUGCAAAGGUUGAUAUGCUCCUGAAGGGAUCGCCAGCAGCAAAUGAUACUAAGGAAAAUAAUAACUCAAGUCGAGUUCAAGCAACAUCAUCAUCAAAACCAGAAACGCAAAGCUUGUAUCCCAAAAGCAAUAACUCAAGUUUCUCUGCAUCUUCUCUACUUUACUCAUCUUCCCCCAAUCCUACACAGUGUUAAAGUAAAAAAAAUGGUUACAGCUAUGCAGAAGUUUGUUUUGCUUAAUCUGUUUCUUCAUUUUCAAAAACCUCUUUUGUUUUGUAUGUAAAGAGAGAAAAGCUCGACUUUGUCAUAAGUAAAUGCAUGGAAGAAAAGAGGUCAAAAGUGUUGUAGGUUUGUCUCUUGGAGCACUGUUGUUAACAGUUAAAUUACAAGUGAAAUAACUAUUUGCUCAGUUUCCCAACUCACAACUUGCAUGUAUGAAAAUAUAUAAUGUUAACAAGUUGUAAUUU